AUGCCCGCUCACCCUGAUUCUAACGCUCCCCCUUACUCCCAUCUCUCCCUCAUCCCGCUUUCUGCCUUACCCUCUCCCUUGUUCAUAGCUCUCUGCAUCAUAAACAUCUCUCCUAGUCCUAGCCCUCAUCUGUGCCAUAUUCCCCCCGUAGGUCCCUCGUUCCCCUCUCUCCUCUUUAGAGUUCUCCCAUAUUCGCGCUUCUCCCAAGUCGACACGCUUCCUUCCGCCCCUUGGCAAGCUCCCCUCUCUCCCACCACUGUCCAGGAAGGCCCUUAUGAGCCCCCUCACCUCCCUUUCCCUGUCCUAAAUCUUACCCUUUGUCCCCCCCCUCCCCCCCCCUGCUUAUUCCCCCACCGUUACCCCCCUGCUUACCCUUUGUUUCCCUCCUUUCUUACCCUUUCUUCCCCGCUGCUGUCCCUUUGUUUCCCCCUUCCUCCCGUCUCUCCUUUGCUCCCCUAUUUCCAUUCACUUUCUCCACUAUCUCCCCUCCCUGCCCUUUCUUCCCAGUCCUCUCUUCCCUCCCUGUCCUCUCUUCCCUCCCUUCUCCACCUUCCCUCCCUGUCCUCUCUUCCCUCCCUGUCCUCUCUUCCCUCCCUGUCCUCUCUUCCCUCCCUGUCCUCUCUUCCCUCCCUGAACUCUCAUCUCUCUAUGUUCUCUCUUCCCUCUCUUCCCUCCCUGCCCUCGCUUCCCUCCCUGACCUCUCUUCCCUCCCUGCCCUCUCUUCCCUCCCGGACCUCUCUUUCCUUCCUGCCCUCUCUUCCUGCCCUGUUCUCUCUUCCCUCUCUUUCCUCCUUGGCCCCUCUUCCCUCUCUGUCCUCUCUUCCCUCCCUGCCCUCUCUCCCUUUUCUGCCUCCUCGCCUUCUCGCCUUCUCCCCACCUCGUCUUCCCGCCUCUCAGUCUACUAGCGGCAAGCCGGCCUAUUCAUCUCAUGGCAGCAUACGGUCCUAG